AUGGCGCCCAGCAACGCCGGCGAAGGUCCAACCACCCGGCAAUCUACGCGGCCCGUGGCGCCAUCGGCGUGCGAGGCAUGCAGGAAACUUAAGAUGCGGUGCACCCGGAACAAUACUCUCGACAACUUAUCGUGCGAUCGCUGCGUGCGCAACCAUAGGCCCUGCCGGAUUCCUCCAGCGCGGCCUCUGGGACGCAGACCCGGGGCGGUGGGUCGCUUCCAAGGCAUCGAGAAAGCAUACCGGAAAAUCCAGGCAGAACUCAAGAAGGGACCGGCCUCGAUGCCUAAGGCUGCAACGCCAAUCAAUACCCAAUUAUCGAGCCCCAGCGUAUACGAACCGGAUGAUGGGCCCAUUUUGGCCAGUCCCCUGGAUGAUUCCUCCCAUCGUCCCUCGGAGGGUCUCUCGGAUGGCCACCCCCAACCCAUUAGCAAUCCCCUUGCUUUGCUAGCGGACGCAUCUGAAGCUGUGCACGCGAAUGCCUCUCAAGCAUCAAAGGAUAAUACCCACGAAGGAAGAGGGGGAGAUGUACUAUCUCAUCCCGGAUGUGUCUCGUUGGGCCUUCAGCUCAGUCGAGAGAGUCUGGAGACUGGUCUAAACGCGCUCUUUGCUACCUCGUUCAAGCCUGGGCGAAGCUCGGACUACUUCAAACCCCCCGAUCCCAGCGCUUUUCGCGAUGUUGGACCUGAUCUUGAUCCGGUUGCUCUAGGAUUGGUGACCAUGGAAGAAGCCCAUCUUUUCUUUCCCAUUUACUUUGCUCGACUGCACCCUGUCAACGGCAUCUUGGACCCCCUACUGCAUACCCCGGAAUACGUCCGGUCGCGGUCUGCUCUCCUCUUCACCUGGAUCUUGGCUCUUACCGCGCAGUUUGCAAGCAGUCAAUCCUCAUUAGCAAAGCGCCUGCAACUGCAUGGGGAGAAGCUUUCCCGACAUGUGCACACCUGUGGAUUGAAGUCGGUCGAGAUCGUCCAGGGGUAUUACAUUUCCUUACUGUCCGCGACCCCAGCGAAAACAUUAGCUGAGGAGAGGACUUGGCUCUACACCAUGUAUGCAUUUGGGACCGCUGCUGAACUUGGGUUGGAUCAGCAAUCAAGGUUGCGCGGAGGGGUCUUGGUAACAUCCGGUGAAGAACAAGCUCCCCAUGAUGUUGAGGUUCACCUUGAAAAGCCAGACCUACAAUUCUCAUCGGGUAUUGGCAAUGAAGAUCACACUGAGAGCACAUAUUGCCAACGGCUUACCAGAAAUCGAGAACGCACUUGGUUUCGGAUACUACUCUGGGAGCGAGCAAACAGCGCUGCGCGUGGCCGCAUCAAUCCUAUUCCUAACACGAAACUCAUCGCGGGCAUUGACACCUGGUGGAAACAUCCAGCAGCUGAUGCAGCCGAUAAGCAUACGUGUGCUUUUAUUCUGCUGCGCCGGCAUUUGGCUUCAAUCCAUGCCGAAUUGCAAGCGCAGACUGCCGCUCCGCCGGACGAUCCGCACUGGAUGAAAAGACUCGUCGACGAGAGGCUUGAGGGGUGGUGUGAUGAGUGGCUUCCCGUGCCAUACAAUGUGGCCGAACCGUCCGAGCAACUUGCCUCAAUAUUCCUCUAUUAUGUGUACUUGCACAAUCGACUCUGGAUUCUGUCAUUUGCUCUUCAAGCUUCGGAGAGCCGUAAUGGUAAUAGACACAUCGAAGCCAUACGACAGGACUGCCUUCAAGCGGCGGUUCAUACCUGCGAGGUCGCAGUCCGUGACUUGCAGAUGGUCGGCGAGCCUCUGUAUUGCUUACUCGCACCCACGUGGGCGAUGAUCUCUUACGCUGCAGUCCUAGCCUUGAAGCUCUUUCCUCAGGUGCAUGGUACCCAACCGGGAGAGGAUAUCGAGCUACUCGCCCUGUUAUCGCAGGUGGCUUUGCAGCUGGAGCGCGCUGGGACCACGCCGCCCCAUCGGUUUGGUAUCGCGGCUCUACUGGGGGAGCACCUCCUGGGAAUUCUGCGCGCUAAGGCGGCAUCGACGAAGGGUGCUCAGCACAGGACGGUGGGACAUUCCUUGCCGAGGUAUGGUUCAGGACAUCCUGCUGCUGUACUGUCGGAAAGCUCGGGCAAUCUGGCUAUCUAUAAUGCUCAGGAACCAGUUCCCGACCCCUGGUUCACAGACGCCUCAGCAGCGAUGAGCUACGACUUGACUGGUGAUAGUUUCGGUGAUUUGUUUCGGGAGAUAUUUGGUCCAGGCUUUGCCGAUUCGUUCUAA